AUGACUCUUUAUCUAAGUUUGGUGUUCGCGCUGCUAGUUGUUGAGCUUCCUUUUCCAUCCUCAUGGCGACGUACUGCAUUCCGUUGGAUUUCUCAAUCAACCAUUAUCGCUCAGUUGCAAUACGCCUUUAAGAUUCUAUUCAUUUUUGUAUUUAUUCUUUUCGCAGAUUCACUUAACAGAAUCUGGAAAGUUGAACAAGAGAGUGCUCAUGCGAGUGAACACAUUCAUGACGUAUCUGACUGGAUUUACCUUAUUUCUUUCCUUAAUUCUCAACCGAACGUAUGUCCUGAUCUUGGAUCUAUUGACAGUCGAAGAGAAGUUGGAAGAGAUGAAGAAAAAACAGUUGACAACGAAUCCCAGUUGAAAAAAGAAAUCGAGAUACUCUCUAGUGAGCUAGAAGAAGAAAAGAAAAAGUCACUCGAUUUCAACGUUCUAAAGAAACAAGCAAGUCAGCAAUCGGAUGAGUACAUGCGAUUGGCAGAGCGGUAUAACGAGCUGGAGAAAAAGGUAGAGAAUCGUAUCGAGGAAAAUAAAAAGGAUUCAUGA